UUGACUCUGUUGCAUUCUAGUCCUGCUGGGAAAAGUAUGCAGGGGAAACCUAGAGGAAGUCAGAGAUUUGCUACUUAAAACAUGCUUUUUAGACACUGUGUAUACCCCCCUCCCAUUCUAAAGACAAGCCACAUCUUGAUUGUGCAUAAGGUCCCUAAAGUAUAACUAGCUCAGUGUCUUUUGAUAUAUGAGAAAACUGGAGGAGUCUGCAAAUCAUUGUAGGGGAAGGAUUUCUCCAAGCUGUGUGCAGAGACCCUGUGCUCAGGCAGACUCACCCACAGAGAUGGUGCUGCAGACGGCCGUUACUCCAGGCAGGGCCCGGAGACUUUUUUUUAAAAUACCAUAUGGAUCACUGAGGAGGAGAAGCGGAGAGCAGAUGACGGAGGGUCGGCGAUGUCAAGUUCACCUCCUCGAUGACAGGAAGUUGGAACUUCUGGUGCAGCCUAAACUUUUGGCCAAGGAGUUGCUGGAUCUCGUAGCAUCGCAUUUCAAUCUAAAAGAAAAGGAAUAUUUUGGCAUUGCCUUUACAGAUGAAACGGGGCAUUUAAACUGGUUGCAGUUGGAUCGUAGAGUAUUGGAGCAUGACUUCCCCAAAAAGUCUGGUCCCGUUGUCUUAUACUUUUGUGUCAGGUUCUACAUUGAAAGUAUAUCUUACCUGAAGGACAACGCAACUAUAGAAUUAUUCUUUCUGAAUGCCAAGUCUUGUAUAUACAAGGAGUUAAUUGAAGUUGACAGUGACGCUGUUUUUGAACUGGCUGCACACAUACUGCAGGAGGCGAAAGGAGAUUUUUCAAGUGAUGAACUUACAAGAACAGACUUAAAGAAGCUGCCAGCACUUCCAACACAGGCCCUUAAGGAGCACCCUUCCUUGGCUUACUGUGAGGACAGAGUAAUAGAACAUUACAAGAAACUGAGUGGCCAAAGCAGAGGACAAGCUAUUGUAAAUUACAUGAGUAUUGCGGAGUCUCUUCCAACAUACGGAGUGCAUUACUAUGCAGUCAAGGACAAGCAAGGAAUCCCCUGGUGGCUGGGGCUUAGCUACAAAGGAAUAUUUCAGUAUGACUAUCAUGAUAAAGUGAAGCCAAGAAAGAUCUUUCAAUGGAGACAAUUGGAAAACCUUUAUUUUAGAGAAAAGAAGUUUUCUGUGGAGGUUCAUGAUCCUCGCAGGGCUUCGGUCACCAGGCGGACGUUUGGACACGGUGGAAUCGCGGUGCACACAUGGUACGCCUGUACAGCCCUCAUUAAGUCCAUCUGGGCUAUGGCAAUUAGCCAACAUCAGUUUUAUCUGGAUAGAAAGCAAAGCAAGUCCAAAAUACAUGCAGCAAGAAGCCUUAGUGAGAUCGCCAUUGAUCUAACAGAAACAGGAACUUUAAAGACUUCAAAACUUGCCAAUAUGGGAAGCAAAGGAAAAAUCAUCAGCGGCAGUAGCGGAAGUCUCCUUUCCUCAGGUUCCCAGGAGUCAGACAGCUCACAAUCUGCCAAGAAAGACAUGCUGGCCGCCCUGAAAUCCAGGCAGGAAGCUCUGGAAGAGACACUACGCCAACGACUGGAGGAGCUGAAGAAACUCUGUCUGCGGGAAGCGGAACUUACGGGUAAACUGCCGAGAGAAUAUCCUUUGGAUCCUGGAGAGGAACCACCAGCUGUUAGACGAAGAAUUGGCACAGCAUUUAAACUAGAUGAACAGAAAAUACUUGCUAAAGGAGAGGAAGUUGAGCUUGAACGUCUGGAGCGAGAAUUUGCAAUACAGUCUCAAAUCACAGAGGCAGCUCGCCGCUUGGCCAGCGAUCCUCAUGUCAGCAAAAAAAUGAAGAAACAAAGAAAGACCUCAUACCUGAAUGCACUGAAAAAGCUGCAAGAGAUUGAAAAUUCUAUUAACGAGUAUCGCAUCAAAUCGGGGAAAAAACCCACGCAAAGGGCUUCGCUGAUUAUAGAUGAGGCGAACCUUGGUAGCGAGGACAGCUCCCUCUCCGACGCCCUGGUCCUUGAAGACGAGGAUUCUCAGGUUACCAGCCUACUGUCGCCUAUGCAGUCUCCCCACAAAGGUCUACCACCCCGGCCUCCUUCCCACGCUAGGCCGCACCCACCUCAAUCCCUGGACGGGCUCAGGCAGUUACAUUACCAGCGAAAUGACUAUGACAAAUCCCCUAUAAAACCCAAAAUGUGGAGUGAAUCCUCAUUGGAUGAACCCUAUGAAAAAGUGAAGAAAAGAUCAUCGCACAACCAUUCCAGCAGCCACAAACGUUUUCCCAGCACAGGAAGCUGUUCAGAAGCCGGUGGGAGCAACUCGUUACAGAAUAGUCCCAUUAGGAACCUCCCUCACUGGAACUCCCAGUCCAGCAUGCCAUCCACCCCGGACUUGCGGAUCCGCAGUCCCCAUUAUGUUCAUUCCACAAGGUCAGUUGAUAUCAGCCCCACCAGGCUGCACAGUUUAGUUCAGCACUUUAGACACCGGAGCUCAAGCUUGGAGUCACAAGGAAAGCUUUUGGGUUCUGAAAAUGAAACUGGGAGCCCGGAUUUUUACACCCCAAGGACUCGAAGCAGUAAUGGCUCUGAUCCAAUGGAUGACUGUUCUUCUUGUACUAGCCAUUCCAGUUCUGAGCACUACUACCCAGCUCAGAUGAAUCCGAACUACUCUACUUUGGCUGAGGACUCGCCCUCCAAAGCCAGGGAGCGGCAAAGGCAUAGACAUAAAUCCAAUGGAAACCUGGUAUCUUCCAAUUCAGGGAGCAUGCCCAAUCUGGCUGCUAGGAACGGAACAGGGCACCACGGUGUCUACCUGCACAGCCAGAGUCAGCCUUCUUCUCAGUAUAGGAUAAAAGAAUACCCUCUGUAUAUUGAAGGGAGCUCAACUCCUGUCGUUGUGCGGAGUCUAGAAAAUGAUCAAGAAGGGCACUACAGUGUCAAAGCACAAUUCAAAACAUCAAACUCCUACACUGCUGGGGGGAUGUACAAAGAAAACUGGUAUGGGGAUGAUGUUGUGGACCAUGUAAAACUAACACCUUCCCGUUCUCAAAUAGUAAGGACUCCAUCGCUCGGGAGAGAGGGUAAUGAAAAGGGCCCUGUUAGGACUGUGGUAUCUGAUGAGUUACGGCAUUGGUACCACCGAUCCUCGUCAUCUCACAAGGAGCACAACAGGCUUUCACAUACCAGUUCUAACUCUUCAGACAGUGGCUCCCAGUACAGCACAUCUCAAAGCACCUAUGUGGCACACAGCAGAGUAACAAGAAUGCCUCCGAUGUGUAAAGCAACAACAGCUGCCUUACCUCACGGUCAGAGGAGUUCCACGCCUUGCAGUGAUCUGACAACUCCCCCUACCAGCCCUCACCACAUCCUAACCUGGCAGACUGGGAGCUACGAUAACUGCUACCUAGAGUCUGCACUGUAUCCAGAACUAGCUGAUGUACAGUGGUAUGGACAAGAAAAAGCCAAGCCCGGUACUCUUGUGUGACCCACAUUAUCAUAACAAUGCCAUUUGGAGAUCACCUCACUGCCUCUCAUUUGCCUUACCCAGAUGCACUAUCAUCCCACACCAGCUUCUUCUACAAGCACUUUUCAUUUCAAGUGAGGAACCCAUGCAAAUGAGGAACCCAGACCAACUCCUGCUAUGUGCAACAGUGUUGAAAAUCAGGGAGGCUGUUGACUCUGAUGUGCCUCCAAAUCCAUGUACAAUGUAUUGAAAAAAACUGUGAAGGACGCUUAUUUGUUUUCAGCUGGAUGCAUUUUUCUACUACCCAGGAAUAAAAUCACCAACAUCAAAAAAACUGGACAUAAAAUUAUUUUUAAAAACCCUGAAAUGAAGGUCAACAGAGCACUAGGAACAUGAAUUGUUUUUUUCUUUUUCGGGGGAACUAAUAUUUUGCUAUUUCUAAAAUCCAAAUUUUAUUUUUACUUUUAAAAGAGGCAUAAAAAAAAAACUGACAUGUUGAAAUGUCUCGGAAUUGAGGUCAGUUUUAAUCUAACCAAAGAAAAAGAUCAAACAAGAAACGAGAGUUGAAAAAUAUCUGUUAAAUGAAAAACUCUUGGCUGUGUUCAUAGUUACUGUUUUGUAAGUACUAUAUGUGGGAUAGAUUUUUUUUUUUCUAUACAAUUAGUGCAACUAUUGAACAAUUAAUAUGGUAAUAAUUCCUGUGACUUGGCUAGAAUUUUAACACUGUAAAUUAAUUAUUUUCUGGUUCCGAUGAACAGAAAUAAAACUUUUGAAAGACCAUG